GGCAGGCGGCGGAGGGCGGUGCGGGCGUCCGGGGCACUAUUGUUGAUGAGGCACACGGAGCAGGCGGCUCGGCUGUUGGCAGCGCGAGGGGCCUUGCGCUCGGGGAGGGGGGGUGCGAGGUGUUUACACCCCCUUGAGGAGCCGUCCGCGGUCGCGGUCUCUCCCGGAGCUGGACACGCAAUGUCCCACCAGCGCGUGAGGCGCAAUGGCUCCCCCACCCCUGCUACCUCCUUGGGGGGAGGGGGGGCAACCGUGGCGGCAGGCGGGGGAGCGAGCAGCCGCCUGCAGCCCAUGCGGGCCACGGUGCCCUUCCAGCUCAAGCAGCAGCAGCAGCAACAUGGCAGCCCCACGAGGAGCGGCGGCGGCGCCGCGUGCGCCUCAGGCGGGGGUCUCUCACGCGCGGCGCCUGCCUCGCGCAGCACCAGCCCCACGCGCGCAGCGCCCCCGAACGGCGGUAGCGCGCGCGCCAGCCCCGCGGUGGCCACGCAGACGCGGGGGAGGGGUGGUAGCGGCCCCGCCGCCUCUGUCUCCUCGCGUGGCAGCCCCACGCGCGCCGGCGGGGCGGGAGCGCGUGGGAGCCCCCCGCGCCCCUCACCAACUGCCGCCCCCCUCCUCCCCCCGCCACCCCCUCCGCUGCCAGGCUCCGUUCUGUCCCCUUGCGCCUCCCCCGUCCCGCCUUUGCCGGAGGGCAGUGCCACUGCCUCGGCUGGCAGGGUCCGGCAUCGCCAGCGGCGGCGCUCCCCAGAGCAGGGCAGGAGCUCCCCGGAGAGGAAGAGCCCCAGCUCCCCCGUCUGCAAAGUUGACAAAUCACGACCGCCUUCAUCAAGCCCUUCCAGUAUAAUUCGCCGCACUUCCUCACUGGAUACACUUGCUGCUCCCUACCUCGCUGGACAAUGGCCUCGUGAUAAUCAUGGACAAGCUGCUCCCUGUAUGAGGGACAAAGCCACGCAGACAGAGAGUGCCUGGGCUGAAGAAUAUUUAGAAAAGAAGAAAGGAUCUCACAAGCGUUCAGCAUCCUGGGGCAGCACAGACCAACUCAAGGAGAUUGCAAAAUUGCGUCAGCAGUUGCAGAGAAGUAAACACAGCAGCAGGCAUCAUCGGGAUAAAGAAAGACAGUCUCCAUUCCAUGGUAACCAUGCAGCCAUUAAUCAGUGUCAGGCUCCCAUCCCAAAAAGUGUAAUUGUUCCUGUUAUACCCAUAACCAAAUCGACAGGAUCACGUUUCCGGAACAGCAUAGAGGGGCUGAAUCAGGAGAUUGAGAUAAUAAUUAAGGAGACAGGAGGCAAGGAAGAACAGCUGAUUCCGCAAGAUAUUCCAGAUGGGCACCGUGCUCCCCCUCCGCUGGCGCAGCGCAGUAGCAGUACUCGCAACAUGGAUACCCAAACACCCGGUGGAGCAGACAGAGGCAGUAACAACAGCAGCCGUUCCCAGUCUGUGUCCCCCACCUCGUUUCUUACUAUCUCAAAUGAGGGCAGUGAGGAGAGCCCUUGCUCUGCUGAUGACCUUCUUGCUGACUCCAGAGAUAAAGAGAAUGGGAACAACUCUCCCUUGCCCAAAUAUGCUACCUCGCCAAAACCCAACAACAGCUACAUGUUCAAGCGUGAACCUCCUGAGGGCUGCGAGAAGGUGAAAGUCUUUGAGGAAAGUUUGCCAAAGCCAUUGCAUGAAAUUCCAGCCUUCUACUGUCCUGACAAGAACAAAGUGAAUUUCAUUCCUAAAAGUGGCUCUGCUUUCUGCCUUGUCAGUAUUCUCAAACCACUUCUUCCCACACCGGAUCUUACGCUCAAAGGCACUACUCAUAGCCUGACUGUCUCCUCUGGCAUGACACCUAAUUUGCUACAGCCCAUUGCCAUGGCCUCCCUGUCUGCAAACACUGAGCAAGACCGGAUCUCUCGUGGAACAAGUACAGUAAUACCACAGACCUCUAUACUCCAGCAAUCAGGACAUAUCGAAGAAGCUGAGUGAUGAGUCUCCAUUGUGCAGGCAUUGUUCUGGAGAGACUGCUAGGAAGACCUUGUUUAAACUAGUUGUGACUGGUCACACCUGUUUGUUCAUUUUAAGAGCUCAUGACAUUGUCAUAGUCAUAUUCUCCUGAUCUCCAUGACUAUAUUGGUAGCAUGCUGAGAAAUCUAGGAGGAAGCAGUGCCGUACUCUACUUGUGAAGACUCGCGUUCAAUUUCUCGCCUGUCUUUUUUUUUUUCCCCAAGCUCUGAUAAGACAAAGACUGUUACUAAUUCUUUGCCAUUGGAAGGAUCAGUUAUUGUGAUGCUUUGUGUCCUUUAGACUUUUUCAACAACAACAAACAUUUUGAGAGACAGCUGAUGCCAGCAACCACUGUAACUUGCAGAGAGAGAGGUAACCAUAUGGCACUGCAAGACCCAUCUUUUGUAUGAAAAUGAAUAUUUUAUAACAAGUUUGCAUUUUCUGAUACAGAGCAGGAUGUUCAAAAGACACUUUCAUAGCCACUGUUUUCUCUUCUUUGGGUGGUACGUUUUUCUCAGCUGUUUUCCAGCUGCUGGGACCAAAGGAUUGUUGAAAUACUUUAGCAGUCUCCGUCAUGUGACCUUGUUCAAUGGUCCCUACUCCCAACAAAAGCAAAUAAAUUAAUGCAUACAAAAUGUAAAACAAAAGGAAAGAAAAAACAAUAUUAGUAUGUUAUGUGCAUUUGGUUUUGAUAUCAGAGGUUUGUGCUUUGGUAAACCACAUUGUUCUUGAACGGCUACUCCCUAGAUAGAAUUCCUGUGUACAUUUAAUUACAUGGGCAGAAAAUAGCAUUUUAGAGCACUUGUCCCAGUAGCGUAAUCACUUUUCCCUAGAACUUUUGUUUGGGUUAAAAAAUGUCUCUUCCCUGCCUCCACCCAAACAAACAAACAAACAAAAACAAAACCUGCCACUUGGCUCUUGAGAGAUCUCUUGGUUACUUGUGUAAUUCAGUCUGAAUCAUGCAUCAGUUUUUGGCACAAAAUUCACUCUGUUGUGGCUGAUCACUGUACUAUAGACCCUAGCCACAUGAUACUGAAAUGGCUAUGCAUGAUUCCUCAUCCUUGUCAUAAUGCUGUUUUGUGGGUGUGUUGAGGGUAGUAGUUUGUUAGGCAUGGUAUUUGUUACACAGCAGUCAACAGCAACAGAUAUGUUCUCCCUUUUUGACUAGCAACAUUGUCGAGUGUGUCAGAGAGAGGAUAUGUUGAUGCCUGGUUCUGGUUUGCAGCUGUUACCAGUUUCCUUUAUGCCUCUGUGGUUCUUUGACAGUUGAAAUAAAAAAUGAAAACGGGGAGGGAUGUUCAAAGAGAGCUUGUUCAGGGACUGCAGUGAGAUUUCUCCCAGAGUACUGAAAUGCACUUCUUGUCUUUAGAUAAAUAUCACAGUCCAAACAUCUGCAACUGCUUUAAUACCAAAGUAUCUUCAGGUUACAAAAAUCAGUUGACAGAAUCCCUGUUUUGGGGAGGUGGCUUCAGUCAUUUCAAAGUAGGUGUUUCAAUGUAUAGUCUCUGGGUCUGAAUAGUCACCCACUGCAUAUGUGCAGCUCUCAUUGACUUACAUACCAACAACUCCCAUGGAUCAGCUGCAUAAUCACACACCUGUUUGUAAUUACAUCUUUUUAAGAACCAUAUCGCAAAUGUAAUCGUUUUGUUCUUUGUGUAACACACUGAGAAUUUGGUUGCAGACACGUGAGCCAGGAAAAAUACUCGUGUGUCUUAGCAGCUAAUAGUUUCUAUGUACUUAUGAUGCACAUUGGGUAGUUCCUAUAAAUCCCACAUAAUAACAUAUAGCAAUAAAUCUACUAAAAGAAUAACUGUAAAAUGCACCAGCCUACAUAAGUGCUGCAUUUAUGGUAUAAUGAGCACCCUUUUUAAAGUUCCCUAAUAACCAAAUUUCAACACUUAGUCCAUUGUGGUUAUUUAUAGGGUUAUUAGAUCUGUUAAAUUAAUUAACAAAUUGAGGACCAAAUCCUACUCACUUUACUCAUUCCCAUUGAAAUCAGUGGGAUUACUCAUGUGAGUAAGAGCACUUGGUCAUGAAUGAACAUAUUUGGUGCACACCAAUAAAGUUGGGGGAGGGGAGAGUUUGAUAAGAUAGUAGUGGUUAGUACAUCCAAGCUACAUUAUAAAAGAUUACCAUUUUAGGAAUAAUGGGACAUUACUAGUAAAUUCUAUGGACACCUAAGAGAGGUCUCCUUUCUAAAACAUUUAAAAAUCAUGGUAGCUUAUUUAGACAGCGUUAGGGUUUGGACAAAAUCUGAUAUUUUUGGCUUUGUGGAAGAUGGAAAUACUUAGGCAAGGGGACUUUUUGUAUGGCAUCCAAACUAAUUUCUACUUCUUUCAUAGUAACAGGUAAAGUGCUUCUGCCAUUAAUGCCAAACAGCAUGGUGCUUAUCAGGAGAUCUUAACUGGAUAGUUAAGUACCAAAGGGCUAAAGUCAGCAUAUAAUAAAACUUUUAGUCUGGGGUUAUUAACCGUCCUCCGUCCAAAUGCAUUCUAAUGUCUUUGUUCAACAUAGUGAAUAUUUUAAAAUAGGAAAUGGGAUCUCCUAUCUUAGAUGUUUCGGUAGUACCAAUCAUUGUAAUAGUUGAACAUUACCCCCUCAUUUAGUUAGUUCACAUAGAAGUGCAUUAGGAGACAAUGUACUAUAUAAAAUAGUGGGCUACUCCACUAGGAACCAAAUGUAAAUUCUAGUUUUUUUUAUAAAAGUUGAAAAACCCCAAAACUGAAUUAGAGGUUUUUUAAUGUUAAAUUUUUUUGAACAUGCCACAGCAAUGACUCAUAUUAAGGUGGUAAGAUGGCUUCUAUUUGAAGAUCAACUUCUGCAAAAAAAAAUUCUUUAGCCUUACAUUUUUCAUGCUCUUUCUUGUUCCAGAACAGAGGUAUUUGGUAAAGUUUUAUAGGUCUUUUUAAAGACAUGGAUCUUAGAAUAGUGUAUGGGUUUUUAACUUCUUGAAAAUGGGGGGUGUUGGUGUUCCAUACAUCUCUCAAAUAUGGUCUGACAUAAAGACUUCAAAUUAGUUGUGACAUACCUAUCCCCAGUGAAAACUAGUGCACAAGACUGGCUACCUUUUUGAAUUCUCUAAUUCUUAAUUAUUUAGUCAAAAAUUGUCCAGUGACCAUUUACAUGGAUUCACAACUUGAUGCACCUAGGACUUGUUUUUCUGAGGUGUUGAGUACUCCCAACUACAGUUCAAAGCAGUGGGUGGUUCAGUGCUUACCAUCGCUGAAAAUCAGGCCCUUAGUAUCCUAAACUGGACAUCCCAAAUGUGAGGCAUCCAAAGUUAGUGAACACUUGUUGGCCUUAUUUUCUACCAACAUUAAAAACAGCCCAAUGUCUGUGGAGUUCAUAAGCUCUGUAGAGUAUAAAAGGCCUGUGCCAUUGUAGUAGUAGUAAUAUAGCUCUAGGUUGGCAGUUGCAACUAUUAAAAUAUUUUUCUUCCUUCUUUACUCAAGACACAGGAUAAUAGGAUCUUAUUAAACUUUCAUUUGCUUCUGCUGCUUAUUCCUCACCUGAUGCCAUAAUCCCAUGUGUGACAUCACAGUUUAAUGGGAUAUAGAGAAAAAAGAAUGACAUGUCAGGAGUAUUAACUUUCAAGAAAAAUCCUGUUUUCAUCCAUGUGACCCCAGUAAAGAAGAAAGGAUGGAAAAUACAGAAAAUAUUGAAGCAAAACUUGCUAACUUUUUAAGAUUUCCAUAAAACCAACAUGUUUCAAAGUAGUAGCAAUGUUAGUCUGUAUCAGCAAAAACAACGAGGAGAACUUGUGGCACCUUAGAGACUAACAAAUUUAUUUGUACAUAAGUUUUCGUGGGCUACAGCCUACUUCAUCAGAUGCAUGGAGUGAAAAAUACAGUUGGAAGAUAUCUAUAACAGUACAUGAAAAAAUGUACUUUUCAUGUACUGUUAUAGAUAUCUUCCGACCGUAUUUUCUACUCUAUGCAUCUGAUGAAGUGGGUUUUAGCCCACAAAAGCGCAUGCCCAAAUACAUUUGUUACUCUCUCAGGUGCCACAAGGACUCCUCGUUCUUUUUGAUAAAGCCAACAGCAGUUCUUCAAGGAUAUUUACUCUCGAGGCUACUCUUUUAGUUUACUUUAAAUUAUGGUUUACGGAUCUCAAAACAUUGAAAUUAUUGGAGAGUACUGUGGAAGUUGAUCCUAUUGGGGAAAAUAGGAGCCUGUAUCGAUAGGCACUUACAUAUCCCUCAUCCUUGUAGUAUUUGGGGAAGUUAAAAUAUGAUGAACAUUAUGCACCUGUUAACAAACACAUGAAAAACCAUAGUCCGGGUGAGUUUUAGGCCUACGGCAGGGACAGCAUUUCUCAAUGCUUAUGCACCAAUUUAUCACUUUUAAUUCCUAUUCCCAAUGGGUUAAAGUUGCCAAGAAAGCUUUUCAAGCAAGGAGUUAUGAGAAAUUAAUAAAUAAAUAAAUGUUGGUAAUGAGGGGGAAAAUUAACAACUAGGGACAUCCAUUAGCUUUUCCUAUUGGUGUCAUCGGUGGCAAAUAAAUGGUAAUGCAAAAGUCCCUUACAAGAGUACCCUAUUUUUUUUUUCCUUCACCACCAUCUCUGAAAUAAUGUGGUGUGACUUCCACACAUCAGUUCACUGCCAGUGGUAUCAAAAAGGUUUUACCCUUUCUGAUUUAUUUUCUCUCUUGCUGAAGACCAGUCAUCUUUUCCACAAAAACCUUAGGGGAAAAAUCUGAUCUGGUAAACUGCAUGGAAAUAAAAUGUGUAAUGUGUAGUUGCAAAGACCAAUAUUUGGGUACCCACAGGUAUUUUGAUCCACCUCUGUCUCUUAAUGCACAUAUUAGUCUUGUUUGGGGACUUUUUCCUCUAUUUUUCUAGAUUGAUGUGAGACUUAUGUCUGCUAGAAAUUUCUUCUUGAAAAAACGUUCAGACUUGUCCUACCCACCCAGAAUUUAUUCACACAUUUUCAAUAAAUAUCUCCAAAACAGG